CUCUCAACUUCCGUUGCUUCAACUUUGCAGCAUAAAUCCACAAAAAAAACCUUUAAAAAGAACAAAAUGGAAAAUAAUAAAAUUUCAACUUAAAUUAAACUUAAUUUAACGAAUACCAAUUUAAAUCGGACAGUGCCACUUUUUAAAUGAAGGGUCACUUAUAACUUUGUUUACAGUCCCUUUAAAUAAAUGAUUAAACUGCUUUUUUGCACAGUCCCUUUAAAUAAAUUAAAUAAAUAAAAAAAAAAUAAACUGCUUGUUGUUCAGUCGACUUUAGAUGCUCUUUAUGGAAUUGGAAUGGUGGCUGGCCCGUCCCUUGGUGGUCUUUUAUAUACAUAUACAGGGUUUUCUUUGCCUUUCUGUUCCCUGGGUUUAUCUAUGGUAAUAUCAGGAUUACUGGUUGCUGUAUUCUGCUCCUGUAAGAAACAAAAUUCAGAAAAUACUUGUUCCGAAUGUAGCUGGAAAGAUAUCCUGGUAUGUUCUGGAAUACCUGAUUAUAUACUGGCCCUUCUAACUAUUGGAAAUGUAAACAAUUGGUUUUCUGCUUCCUUGGAACAACAUCUGUAUACGGCGUUUGGUUUGGUUCCUGCCGAAUCUGGAGGUAUAAUGAUGAUAUUUGCUCUGUUAUAUUCUCUAACCAGCCCUGUGGUGGGUGUACUGCUGGAUUACGGGUUCUCAACUAGUAAACUUCUUAUCCUUGGAGGAGUUUCCUCUUCAUUGGCUUGCUUCCUGCUGGGACCAAUUCCUGGAUUUGAAUUGCUACUUGAAACAGUGCCAGUCUGCGUUGUAUCCUUGGUCCUAAUAGGAGCAGGAGUAGCAAGUGCAUCUCUCUGUGGAUAUUUAGGAAUGCUGGAUUGUGCACGGAGAAUCGGAAGCUCAGAGGAUAUCUUGAAUAAGAUAACCUGUAUUUGGUUAAUGACCCUAUACCUGGGAGGAUUCUUAUCAGUUAUAUUCGGAGGAAUAUCAGCUGACGUUUACGGAUUUUCUUGCAGCUCAACCAUUCAAGGUUGCAUUACAGUAAUAGUUACCAUCUGGAUUUCUUGCAGAGCCUUUUACAGGCAGAUGUUUAAUACAAGUUCUGCAGAAAAAGAUGAUCAGCUUGAAACAGGGGAACCAUUUUUGUGAAAACUGUAAAAAAAAUAUACUUUUUUUUGGACUAAAA